GGCAGCAGCAUCAUCCGGAGAGGACGGGUUUUUGUCAGGGCGGCUGGGCGACGAUAAGAGAAGGGAAAAAGAAACCCACGUUAAACCCUGGAGUAGGACAUUUCUGUUGGAUGUUUAGCCCACACACUGAACGAUCACUGGGCUUCUUCAGGGGGAAGAAAGUCAGUUCAUGAUUGUUCCAGAAACGCUGAGUGGGAAUCAGCCACUUCCAGUUGUUAUGCAACUUAAACCAGCUGCAGCUCUUUAGAAAGUACUACUACUCCUUUUCCUAAUCCAGGUGGGAUUACUGAGCCUCGGUGUUGGGGGGGUAGGACCGUGUUGGACGCUCCAUCCGUCUGGAGAGAAGAUGUCGGGGCAGACGCUGACCGACCGCAUCGCCGCGGCGCAGUACAGCCUGACGGGCUCCGAGGUGUCCCGAGCUGUGUGUAAGGCCACCACACAUGAACAGACAGCCCCCAAGAAGAAACACCUGGAAUACCUGAUCCAGGCCACCCAGGAAACCAAUGUGAACGUCCCCCAGAUGGCCGACACGCUGAUGGAGAGGGCCGGCAACGCCAGCUGGGUGGUGGUUUUCAAAGCCCUGAUCACUACACAGCACCUCAUGGUGCACGGCAACGAGAGAUUCCUCCAGUUCCUGGCAUCUAGAAACACCUUGUUCAAUCUCAGCAACUUCCUGGACAAAACCGGCUCCCAUGGCUAUGACAUGUCCACGUUUAUCAGACGCUACAGCCGCUAUCUCAACGAGAAGGCCUUUGCCUACAGACAGAUGUCUUUCGACUUUGGCCGAGUCAAGAAAGGGGCUGACGGAGUGAUGAGGACCAUGUCAGUAGAGAAGCUGUUGAAAGCCAUGCCCACCCUGCAGAGCCAGAUCGACGCGCUGCUGGAUUUUGAUGUGCAUGCACAGGAGCUGAACAAUGGAGUGAUAAAUGCCUGCUUUCUUCUACUCUUCAAAGAUCUGAUCAAGCUGUACGCCUGCUACAAUGACGGCAUCAUCAACUUGCUAGAAAAAUUUUUCCAGAUGAAGAGAAGCCAGUGUAAAGACGGGCUCGAGAUCUACAAGAGAUUCCUGACACGAAUGACUCGGGUUUCUGAAUUCUUCAAAAUUGCUGAGCAAGUGGGAAUAGACAAAAAUGACAUACCUGAGCUCACUCAGGCCCCUGAAAGUCUUCUGGAGUCCCUGGAGACCCACCUCAACACUUUGGAGGGGAAGAAGCCAGAGGAUAAGUCGCCCACUAAGGAUGCGACGGCCAACAACAGCUCGCCGGCUGCUGCUGCUGCACCGCCCAAGCCAGCGCCUCCUGCUCAUGCCGGCGGACCCCCUGCUCGCCCCGGGCCGCCUGCCAAACCCCCUCCGCCCUCUGUCACCCCCACUGCACCAGCCCCCGCCGCCACCACCACCAGCAAUGCUCUUGAUGAUGGGUUCCUGUUGGAUCUCGACCCCAUGUCCUCCUCAUCAGCAGGGGGCGCUGCAGCGAGUGCCUCCACGACCGGAUGGGGAGACCUGUUGGCUGAGGCUACUCCAGCCGCUACUGAUGGAGCCUCUGAAGCUCUGCUGGCAGAGGAAGAGUCUGCUGAUGCUGAUGCUGCAGCCGCUGCCGCCCCUGCGGCUGCUGCUCCUGCAGCUGCUGCCGCUACCACUGCCGCCGUGGCUGCAUCAGCGCCCACCUCACUGCCCGUCGCUGCUCCCGCCACCACCUCAGCCACAGACAUCGACCUUUUCGGAGAUGCGUUUGCACCUUCCCCAGGAGAUGGUCCUGCUGCCGUAGCCGCGGGCCCUGCUGCUGAUGCAUUUGGUGGAUCUGACCCCUUCGCUACGACGGAGGGCAGUGCGGAGAUUGCUCCAGAGCUGGACCUGUUUGCUAUGAGGCCCACCGACACGGGGGCCGCCGCCGCCGCCACUGCUGCCGUCACCCCUCCCCCCUCUAGUGAGGCGCCGACCAUCAUCGCCCCCAUCGCUGCCCCCGCUGCCCCCACCCCUUCUUCCACCACCACCACCACCACCACUACUACCACAACCACCACCGACACCACCACAGAGUCUGCAGCUGCCCCGACUCUAGAUAUCUUUGGUGAUAUGUUUGAUUCUAUGCCUGAGCAAAGCCCUACCACAGAAUCCAAAGCUGCUACCACUCCUAGCGUAGACCUUUUUGGUUCAGACCUUCCUGCUGUUUCACGCGGGCCCUCUCCUUUGCCCGAGCCGGCUCCGGUUGGAGACAUCGUGACGGAUUCGUUUCCAUCUCCAGCUCCUGCCCCUGCUCCAGCUCCUGCUCCUGCUCCUACUCCUGCCCCAGAAGCCUCAUCUCCACCUAAAGCAGAGCCGGAGCCCGUCAUUGACCUGCUGGACUCCUUCAGCGGCCCUGUGGAGGAAACGCAGAGUGCUGCUCCUGGAGGGCCUGGAGACGACCUGCUGGGAGGCCUGAUGUCCCCCACCCUUGCUCCCACCACUGCCCCAGCAGCCCUGGCUCCAGCCUUGGCUCCGGUGCAGAACGAUCUCCUGGAGUCAGGCUUCGAUGCUCUCGGGUCACUUCCUUCCCCGACACCACCAGUACCUGCUGCAGUCGCGGCAGCACCAAUAGUGCCGGCUCCGACAGCAGCAGCACCAGAACCUGCAUCCACCACACCGGCACCCUCUGGUGGCUUUGAUGCUUCAAUGCUUGGCGGAUUAGGCGACUUGCUAAUGCCUGCCGUAACACCCCAGAGCACCGGGGGCAGCACCGCUGGAAGCACAGCAGGGAGCAUGGGAACUCCCGUCGCAGCAGGAGGCAUCGCAGCCGCUCCGCCCUCCACCCCGCCUGCUACCAAAACCAUCGGAGGAGAUCUGGACUCAUCACUGGCCAACCUGGUUGGAGACCUUGGAGUAAAGAAAAAGGAUCCACAGAGUGAGAAGAAGCUGACAGGAGGCGCCAACUGGAUGCCACAUGUAGCCCCCACAAGCUGGGCCACACCAGGAGCCCCCAUGGCCGGUGCUGCCCCCGGAGCUCCUGGGGCACCUGGACCAGCUCCACCCGCCAUGAUGCCACCAAUGAGUGCUCAGCCGGGCUUUGGCAUGCCUCCUGCAGCAGGGCCUGGAGCCCCUAUGAUGCAGCCCAUGAUGGGGCAGCCUAUGAUGGGACAGCCCAUGAUGAGACCUCCCUUCACUGGGGUGGCUGGAGCUGCACCCGGAGCCGCUCUUUCUCCAGGACCUGCAAGCCAGAGCCCCAAGAAGCCUAAGGACCCUCUGGCCGAUCUCGACCUCAAGGACUUCUUAUAACGUCCCAGCUGCUUUCCUCUCUGGAUCAGAGCUCUCUCACCUUUUACCUGGUGUCUGUCAACAUCUCAGGAUGCCAGCAGCGUUCAGCUACUAAAACCUUAUAAGAGCCUAUUUUCUUCCCCUCGCCCAUCCACGCCCCGCCCUUCUCCUGUGUGAUGUCGUAGCACAAACUGUGAAAGUGAACCAUAGCGGAUUAAAUAUAAAUAUAUGAGAAAAAAAAAAAUAC